UCCCGGCGACCCGCAUUGUUUUCGCGUUCUGGAGUGUGGAGACCGGACAGGAAAAGAAUUUCCGCGGUUGGAGAUCCGUUGGCGACGUCCCCAGUGUCCUCCAGCCUCAUGGACCUGGCGAUUGCGGCGCGGACCGGUGGUCUUUCUGGGUACGCAGCCUGCCUUCUUGAAGAAAAGAUAAAGGCUGGGAGGAUGGUGGCUGACUGCCUGACAAAUUGUUACCAGGACCCGGUGACCUUUGAGGAUGUGGCAGUGGACUUCACCCAGGAGGAGUGGAUUUUUGUUGAUGAGACUCACAGAGCCCUGUACAGAGAGGUGAUGCUGGAGAACUACCAGAACCUGGCUUCCCUCGGACGUGAGCCUGUCAAACCCAGUCUGAUCUCCUGGUUGGAAGAGGAUCUGUGGACAGUGCAGAGCAGAGACCUCCGAGAAUGGGAAAUGCAAGUUAGCACCAAAGAGUCAACAUUCCAGCAAGAUAUUUUGAGGGAGCAAAUGUCCAGUGGAAUACAAAUGGCAGGAAGCCACAAUGCUGGAGACCUCUGUGACUAUGUACAGUGUGGAGAGAUCUUUAGAGAGCACUCCUAUUUUAGGACACACAUGAAAACUGACAAUUCAAGGAGUACUUGUGACUCUAAUCAGUAUGGAAAAUACUUUCCUGCUCUGCAGAAGAGAACCUCUAUAGAACAGAGACUAUCUGUGCUAGACCCAUGUGUAGCAUCCUUUAGCCUCACUCCAGAUGUGUCUUGCCAGAUAAUGAGCUUGCAGGACAAACGCGCUGAUUGCAGUGACUGUGCCUUCCUUAACCCAUCUUACUUUCAGGCACAUAUGAGAAAUCACAAUGGAGAAAAGUUCUAUGAGUUGACACAAUUUGCAGAUUUUCCAUAUUCCACACGUGGAGCUGUGCCUAUUCAGAUGUAUACCAUAAAAGCCUAUGAGUGUAAGGUUUGUGGAAAAGUCUUUGGAUAUUCUUCAAAUCUUAACAGUCACAUGAGAACCCACACUGGGGAGAAACCCUAUGAGUGUAAGGUUUGUGGAAAAGUCUUUGGAUAUUCUUCAAAUCUUAACAGUCACAUGAGAACCCACACUGGGGAGAAACUCUAUGAGUGUAAGGAAUGUAAGAAGUCCUUCACUACUUCUUCCAGCCUAACUGAACAUUUCAGAAUUCACACUGGAGAGAAGCCCUAUCAGUGUAAAGAGUGUGGAAAAGCCUUCACCAAGCGCUCAGGUCUUGCCACUCAUGUCCAGACACACACUGGAGGGAAGCCCUAUGUGUGCAAGGACUGUGGGAAGGCCUUCAGUGUUUCUUCAAACCUAACUGAACAUUUAAGAAUUCAUAGUGGAGAGAAGCCCUAUGAGUGUAAGGACUGUGGGAAAGCCUUCCAUGCCUCCUCCUACCUGCGGAAACAUGUAAGAACUCACACUGGAGAAAAGCCUUACGAGUGUAAGGACUGUGGGAAGGCCUUCCACACUUCCUCCUACCUGCGGAAACAUGUAAGAACUCACAGUGGAGAAAAGCCUUACAAGUGUAGGGAGUGUGGGAAAGCCUACAAAAGGUGUUACCUGUUGAAUGAACAUUUAAAGACUCAUUUGGUGGAGAAGCCGUUUGAGUGUAAGGUAUGCGGAAAAUUCUUUCGAAGUUCUGCCUGCCGUAAUAAGCACAUUCGAAUUCACACUGGAAUAAAACCUUACAAGUGUAAGUACUGUGGGAAGGACUUCACUGUUUCUUCAAGCCUAACUGAGCACGUAAGAACACAUACCGGGGAGAGGCCCUACGAAUGUAGGGAGUGCGGUAAGACCUUCACCACUUCCUCUUGUCUGGUCGUACACAUAAGAACGCACACUGGGGAAAAGCCCUAUGAGUGUAGGGAGUGUGGGAAAGCCUACAAAAGGUGCUACCUGCUGACUGAACAUACAAAGACUCACACAGGGGAGAAGCCCUUUCAAUGUAAGGUAUGUGGAAAACUCUUUGGAAACUCCUCAUGCCUUAAUAAGCACAUUCGGAUUCACACUGGAAUAAAACCGUAUAAAUGUAAGUAUUGCGGGAAAGAGUUCACUGUUUCUUCAAGCCUAACUGAGCAUGUAAGAAUGCACACAGGGGAGAGGCCGUACAAGUGUAAGGAGUGUGGAAAGGCCUUUACUACAUCCUCAAACCUGUAUCACCAUGUCAGAAUUCACAAUAGGGAGAAGCCCUAUAAUAUCAAGAAUGUGAGAAAGCCUACAAUAAGCUUUACCUAGUAAGUGAACAUUUAGUAACUCACAGCAGACAGAAACCCUUUGACUGGGAGGGAUGCCGAAAAUCCUUCAGGAAUUCCUCACAUCU